AUAAUCUGUAGACAUCUCUGGGUUAUUGAACUCUGUUUCUCACGGCAGGCUGUACCUAAAAAUACGCCGUUCAUGUCUGGAGCUUCUUACCUGACAGUCAGAGCUCGAGCAGCUCUGGUCAUCCCAUGUGACGGAGAGCCGCUGGAGCUUUUGGACAAGUCCUCCAUCGACCUCUGUGCUGGUUUCCCUCUCUCUGACAGGCUGCCACCAUUUUCAACACUCUCCAUAUCAAACCUAGAGCGUUCAUAGGAAAUAAACAUGGUGAUAAAAAGCUCCAUUGUAAGAGCACCAUCGGUUCCUGAGAGACUUGUUUCACACCCGGCUGGUACUCACGAGACGUCACUUUGAGCAUGAGACAGGUACUCCACCAGGAUAUCCAAACCUUUGUUCUGCUCGUUGAGAAACUCUUGAGCCCAUCUACAAAAAGAGACAGAAAGAAAUGUUUUGUUAUUAUAGAUUCUGCCCUCAGAUUGGACUUAAAAUCAAGAUUAUGUAACUUUAGAAAGAAGAAAUAACACAAUGUUGCUCUUACAAAGGAAAUGUUGAAUUCAAAAGCAAUAAACCGCACUCUUGCUCAAUACAAUGUGUGUGUGUGUGUGUGGGUGUGUGUGUGUGACCAGUAGCUUAUGGUGGUUGAUAUUAGCAAACUUCAGAUAGUUCUUGUUGUGUGACUGCCAUUACUGAGCCAGUUUGCUGACUUUAUGUGCUGCUGCUACGCUACAUUUAAACUUGUCAUCCUGGUGUUGUGGCUUGUGGAUACAAGGUGUUCAUCAAAAGUUAAAGGGUCGAAUGCUCGGUGAACUCAAACUGACCAUUCAUCAUAAUGAUGACACCAAUAAUUGGUAACUCACUGUGUGUUCCAGUACCCAUGAAACCUAUUUAGUGUGGACAUCCUGCAAUAGGACAUCCUGGUAUUUUUGGUUCACUGCAUGGGACAUACUUUGUAUUGGGACAGACUAAAUCUUUUCCUGAAUGGUAGUUCGGGUAUUUAAACGCAGUUUAUUUCCUUUCUACCUUAAAGCUACUCUGCGUAGUUCUUGGCCACUAGCAGCGCUACAGAGCAACGUUUUGAUGAGUGAGUUUUACAAUAUCCACAGGAAUGAAAAUGCACGCGCAUGAGUACAUCGGUUUCACAAACUAUUCCACGGAUUGACAGUUGGCGGGACGAACACGGUAAACAGUGUAUGUAAACACAACUUUGUUACCCGAUGUGAUUGGUGCGAAGCGAUAUCUCCAAAUCUUUGAGGACCUUGGUGGCAUCUUGAAUCCUUUUCUUCAGCUAAAGCAGGAGCAGAAGAAGCGAGAAUCAAGACGUUGCUGCGCAGAGAGAAGAUUAAAGACGUGUUACAUAUGAAAUGCUUUGCACUGACCCUGCGGGACACCCCUCCUUGAUCCUGGUAGAAGCUCUUGAUCUUGGCCAGGUACGUGGACGGUGGGCUCUUCACCUGGAAACGCUCCUGGGGAAGAAGGAUUCACAGGGAAACCAGCUUUUGACCCCCGUGGUUUUAUCAGCAACCCUGAGAGACGACUGGACUGGAGGGACGUUUAGCAGCGCGCAGCCUCUGAAGCUAUUAUUGCCUUCGUGCUAUUCAACACAACAGACUCACACCGCUCUCUGUUUCCAUGCCGACGCCAUCAGUUGCCACCACAGACAGUGUGCUGCAGUGUUACUCACGCUGCACUUGGCACUCUUUACCACAUAUGAACUCUGGGUAUUUAUGUACUGCGUCACCUCUGUCCCAGUGGAGACACGGGGGACAGAAUUCGGCUCACUUUGACCACUCGUAUGUUGAGGGUUAAUUGUGAAACGAGCUUGCUAUCAGUGUGUGUGUGUGUGUGUGGGGGGGGUUCUUACCUGAUCACAGACUAAUUCCCACUUCUUUUCAUUGUCAUACUGACUCAACAGCUGCAGUUUGUCUGGAGGCAAGUUCAUGUAGCUCUGAAAGAGAGAGAGAGACUCGGUAAAAAUAAAACCAUAAGUUCACAUUUGUCAUUUCUGUUCUAAAAUUCAUCGUCACUCCUCCAGUGACAUUCAGCACACAAUUAUUAAAUCUUUCCUGCCGAUGCGACAAUAUUCAAAUCAACCAAACCACACACUCUCCCUCUGAAGCGGGUUAUGUGCCUGCCGGAAGCACAGAUGACUCAGUGUUUAUAUGCAUGUGUGUCACUCGGUGCCACAUACCUCAGAAAAUAAAUACUUUUGGUCAUUGCACAGAAAUGAAAAGACUAAUCUUAGAGCCUUUGUUCGUGCGAUGGUGGUAUGUUGCAUUCUACAUUUCUUUAGUGAAGAUAGAGAUGAUGAAACAAGCACAUGUAAAAAAAAAACAUUAGAAAACCAACUCCACAACAAAACCACAACAACCCUUUUCAUUUAUUUGUUGGUUUCCUUUUUAUUUAUUUAUAUGAUCGAGGUUUAAAUAUAGAUUAUGGCAAUUUUAUAGACUUUCUGACAAGAUUGAACUUUUUUGUAUUUAUCAAAUACAUUCCUAGUACAUCACAUAAUAUUUCUAUGAUCCACUCAACUGUAUGGAGAACAAGAACCCCUCCCCCACCUCCACACCUCUCUGGUGCAGGUUGACUCAAUCGUCUAAGGAGUUGACAUAUUGCCCAGAAAGUGCAGUUUCACUUUGCGUUACCACCCUCAACCUACAGGGACAUGUUUGACUCCUGAUGUAAAGGUUAAUCCCCCAUUCACAUGGCUUAAAACUGAAUGAUUUAAUAAACCCAAAUUAAGGUUUAUUAACCUGAUAUGGGAGUUUGUGUGUGAAAAAAAUAAAUAAAUUGGAGUCAGAAUGGUGCUCAAGUGCUUUCGUUGAUCACUGGUUAAGUCAGUAAUUACAUUCUUGUUUAUGUUUUGCUCUAAGUUGAUUUUUUAAAAUACAUUUUUCCUUCACAUUCACAACACUGCUGCAGUCUACACACCAACCACUGGUCAUUCACCUGAUCCAAGACCUGCAAACACACUGAUGCUUAACUGACAAGUCGUUUCAGUAGAUGGGUGUUGCUCCUGAAUAUACCCGUAUUCAAACAGUGGUCUGUAGUUUCUCUGUCACACUUUAAAAAAAACAAAGAGAUGCAGAAAAAGCAACGGGCGGUUGCGUUGCUGCAUGGGAGUUUCAUUCUCGGUGGAGUGAAGGGAGGGGUCUCAUUGUGGGUUUUGUGGUACAAACUUACCAAAAAAUAAAACAAGGUCCAAAGACUCACAUGAGUGUUUGUGAGCAUGCUCACUUGCAUGAACAUAAGUAUGAACUCCCUAAGUUUAGAAACAGUGUCAUGCACUCCUCAUUUCCUUGAGUUGGUAUUGCAAAUAUGAAAUCUUGAAUUAAGGCAUAUCUGAAAAUUACAUUUAGAGUAUUUUACUGAAAGAGGAAGUGAGGUCAUACUUUCAUGUAAUGCCUGUGAGGGCGUUGUAGGCAUGAAAUGGCACACUGCAUGUGCACUACUUCUCGUAUGAUGACAUUUACAUCGACUGAAGAGGUUUUAUCAGCUUGUGUCACGGGUGAAUUUUGACAUGAAGAAAGUGUUUUCAAUAAUAUGUGAUUAUGAGUUUCCUUGAUAAGGAUCAACUUUCACAUUUCUUUGUAAUUUCAUGUUAGUUAAAGAAAUUCAUGGGAACAUUUGGAUGGAUGUUUGCAUCAAUGUUUGCUAAUUGUUCAGACGUUACCAGAGAAAAAAUACAAACCUGCAAAGCCCAUCAGCCAUUUUAUCAUUUUAGCUACAACAAGUGGAUAAAGUGGAUAUCUUAAAAAAAAAUUCAAUUUCUAUACUUUUUUUUUUUUUUUUUUUUUUUUUUUUUUAUGUUUUAUUUACGGAUUAACAUCUAUACAGAGAGAAGAAAAUAAAGCUAUCAAACAGUCCCUGGAGGAAACAUCUGCCUAACUGCUGAUGUAAGUCUUCACUGUCUUAAAUUAGGAACGUCUGUCUAGCAAUAAGACGUCCAUGAAAUGGAAUAAGAAGGGCAGCAAAAGCAGAAUGCUAUACAAUACAGUAAUAAAGGCAUAUUGAGUCAACGAGAGAUGAUUUUUGUCCUCUUUACAUUAAUAUCUGUCGCUCAUUAAGCUUCCAGCAUCUGUUUGCUUUACACAUCUGCAGACUUCAUGCUGUUCAUCCAGAGACAAAAGAUUUGGCUCCAUCAUUAAGCCAUGAUGUCACACUUACGUGGAGCGUCAUAGAAAUUUAGAGAUUCAUAUGAAUUCACUAGUGAGCAGAGAGCAAAGUUCUAACCAUAUGGAUACACAUUUAUACAUUUAGGUGUAGAGUCAAAGUCAAGCUUCUCAUUGACGUUAAUGGAGAAGCUGCAGUGUGUCAGUUUAUAUCUUGUUUGUUAACUAUGCUCAUUAACAUGAUAACGACCCGGGUAAAAAGAUAAAAAUCUGAUCUCUAACCUUUUUUAAAAGUUAUUUUUGUUGUUUAUUUCAGAUUUAAAUGUGUCAGCAGCUCUGAUACUAAACUUAAGGUUUUGAUGUGUUACUCUUAAUGGUGUCUCAAGUGCUUCAUCGUGACGUUUUUGUUUUUUUCAACUUGUAAGACUGUUGAAAGAGCGGUGGAACAUUUGCUUUCCGGUCUUAUGGUCUCGCUCAUGUAAAUAUGUUGCUCAACUUCCCCUUUGGGGCCAGCCACCUCAGCAUGCACUAAUCGCCCUGUUACUAGCCUGACACGCUCAGAUCUAACAAAGAAGCAACGAAGUCCUUCUAACAUUACAUUUAUUGGGAUAACUCUACAGUUAUUGGGCUGUUAUUAUAUGAUUGGACAAAAUUACAUCUUUGCAAAAAUCACAUUUAAAGGAGAUAUUUGGCAACGUUUGGCUCUCUGGACCCACAUUGAGAGACAACAAAUUGUGUUCUGGCAGCAUAAAUCACAAGUCCAGAGGGUUCAAAACACUUGCUACCUAUAAUAACUUUUUUGUGCCUCUGAGUCAUACCUGCAUAAUUAUCCCAGCUUUUACAGUAAGCCUCUACUACAAAACCAUAGCUGGCAUUGGUAAUAUACCGAGGGCAUGACCUCUGUGCAUCCACUCACCAGCACCACGUUGAAGCGCUCCUCCAGCUCCUCCUCUGGCGGCAUGGGUAGUUUAGUGGGAGCCGGCUGCUUCUUCUGCAGGGUCGGAGUGGGGUCACUCAUUCCUGAAGCUCCUCCGACUGAGUUUCUGGCCUCUCGCCCCUCAGACGGUUCCUGCUCCAAGCUCCCGGCAGCCGCAUUCCCCAUCACUAAUCUCCACAAGUAAUCCAGGAGGAAAGCUUUACACAAACCUUUUCUCCUGAGAAAUCGGUGUAUUCCAAAAACAGAGUGACAAAAAAGGGAUCACUCUGAAUGACAAGAACAAGCAGGCCUAAAUCAAACCAAGUGUUUGAGCCUUCAAGGAGAGGAACAUCAAGACCCUGGUCUACUGAAUCCGCCUUGGUCCUGAGGACAUGGUGGGUGAUGAAAGAAUGUCGCUCGUCCUCAUGUCUGGCCUCGCAUCAACUUAUCUCUCUCUGUCUACAAGCACCUUUGACAAGAAGGUUACCAGCCUUGCUGGGGGCCUGCUGGGCUCUAAGAAAAGCCCCACCUUUAGUGUCACCCGGUAUUCUCUACACUUGUUGACCGACAACUCCUCUGGUAUACAGGGCUGCAUGUGAGAGGAAGGAGAGGGGAGUGUGACACACUUUGUCACACAAACAGAAACCACAGAAGCACAAAAGCAGAAGAGCAACUUCCUGUGCAUGACAGCAACAGAAACCGGGGUGGAGGACAGGGUGGAAGGUGAACACGGUAACUGAUCGGUGUGGCGUGCAAGAAGUAGUAGAAUGGUGAGAGAGAGAGAUAAUGUAGCACAGCAAUGAAAUAAAGCAGAGUGUCAAAGGUUAAAGAAACAUAUGUGAAGGUGCAGAUGUAAAAUCAACCAAAGGAAACUUUCCCUCGCUUAUACCGUGAAUCCACUUUCACUACACUAGAGCCACUCAUCCUCUUGAAGCCAGCUUAACUUGCAUUGGGCAACAUGUGUUUUGGUCAUUUUCCUUCACGUGAAGCCAGGUAGAUGUGGAGGACAGGUGACUGUAGCUACAGGUUACAGAGGGUUGUCCAACAGCGCCUCACUGUGUUUGAAGCCAUCUACUGCAUGCAUGACUGCUGCAUUCGAAGUCUCCUCGGAAAUUGCCACCUCCUGCUGUUUUACUGUAAAUGGACUUUGUGAAGAAAUGAAAAUUAUGCCAAUGAACACUGUUCUUUCUCUAACGUCUCUUACAGUGAAACACUCGUACAAUUAGCUGCUUCAUGACGAAGCCGACCUGUUUUUUGAUCAUUUGUGCUCACGAAUUAACGCUAGGUCCCUCGGGGUAACUGAUUUUGAAAUUAGCCGUUGACGCAAGUUAUCAAUAAAAGGGAGCACGAAUUACCAAAAAUGUACUAGGUUAGCUGAUACAACUGGAUCUGCGAGAAGUCUUUAUUUUGUAUUUGUUCAUAUGAAAGAGGGAGAUCAGUUUGUCUGUAACGGUUUUCAAGCAGAAUAGAGGAGGAAUUUCCGAGCAGCACGCGAAGGCAGCACAGCUAUCAGUUAUUUUACGUUCCAGGAUGACGGACCCGACAACGUCUCCAGAGGACCACUGGAAACAGACAGACGGCGCUUUCAGCGACAGCGGCUUUGACCCUGGUUUCUUUGCUGAAACGACCAGAAAGGGUUCAGUUGUGUCCAGAGCCAACAGCAUCGGCUCAACAAGUGCCUCUUCAGUACCAAACACAGAUGAUGAAGACAGCGACUACAGACACGAGACGUCGUAUAAGGACUCGUAUAAAGAUCGACGGAGACAAGCGCACACACAAGCUGAGCAGAAGCGUCGAGAUGCUAUCAAGAAAGGCUACGAAGACCUCCAGACCAUCGUCCCAACCUGCCAGCAGCAGUCUGAGUUUGCAGUGGGAGCACAGAAGAUCAGCAAGGCCACCGUGCUACAGAAAACGAUCGACUACAUCAAUUUCCUUCACAAAGAAAAGAAGAAGCAAGAGGAGGAAGUUUCUUUACUGAGGAAAGAAGUGAUGGCGCUGAAAAUCAUGAAAACGAACUAUGAGCACAUAGUGAAGGCCCACCAGAACAACCCACAUCAGGGAGAGGACCAGGUGUCGGACCAGGUCAAGUUCAACGUGUUUCAGAGCAUCAUGGACUCCCUGUUCCAGUCCUUCAGCAACUCUGUCUCCGUGAGCAGCUUUCAGGAACUCUCCGCCUGCGUUUUCAGCUGGAUCGAGGAGCACUGCAAGCCACAGACGCUGAGGGAGUUUGUUGUCGGGGUGCUCCGGCAGCUCAAUGGUCAGCUUUAUUGACUGACUGGACUGAACUCUCAUGAAUUGACUUUUGGUCUUACUCUGGCCUCUCAGGGUGAAGUUAAAAUAAGAAACUUCAAUCAGCGUCCGGCCACAUCUCAGUAUUUACACUCGCUGGCUGCACGUUGGAUUACCUCGACCUCCCACUGUGGGCAGAGAUGGAUUGAGAAUCUUUUUAAGAAGCAUCACUUUCUGAUCGUAAGUGUGCACACGGGCAGAUAAACGAGCAUAUGUUAUCCUCAGCCGACUGUUAAUAUCUCUUGAUAUUGUUCUGCUAAGAAAUACAAGCGCUCAGAAGUGUUAAAUGUUAGUGACAGUGCAGUAACUAGCUGUAGUCACAAUCUGAAGUUGCCCUUAAAUAAAUCCUCUGACAGAUUGAGUUUAUUGGUCGCAUUGCUUCUGAAGUCUAUUAACCGAACUAAAAAGACGGGUGGUGAACACACACCCUCACUCUGGCACAUCAAGUAUGUAUUACUGAGGCUUAAAAACAAACUAUUCCACCUUUAUUGGGACAAAGGUGUGAGGCAUUCAGAUUUAGGGAUCAUUGUCUCUAUUUGUAUAUACUUUUGAUGAGUUAUCAGAUUGCAGUUUACUCUUCAGUAAGCAUUUCCUAAAUUAAAUGAUGUAAUCUCUUGAUAUGUCAGUGGUUUUAAUGCCACCAUGAUGCCAUUUACUGUGAUCAGUAUUAGUUCAUCACAAACUAUAAACAGUAUGAACCUCGUGUGAAUGUUCAACACCAGCUGGUAGAAACAGGCUCCAACUGAGCUAUCACUGUAGCCUCCACCAGUCACAGGUUACCAGUGAGAUUUACAAAAGAUUCAACUUUGAUUUUUAAACAAGCUAAUUAUCGUGAUGGCUUAUCGGAAUAAGUUAAAUAACAAAGACACUUUAAUAAAAGGGAAAUGAUCACUUUUUACUGUGUUGUUGCUUCAAGUAUUAUCUUUUGAUAGUUUUAUAAUAACCAUGCAUCACCAUCCAAAGAAAUAUAAAGAAUUAUUGUCUGGCUUCAUUUGUAAGUAAAAGAAGUAAAGUGCAGCAGAAAAGGACAAAUCACAGUGCUGACAGCUCAUGUCUGUAAAAUUAAUAUCCUUAAUAUGGACUUUAACAGAUGAACAAAGAAGCUCUCAAAGGUAUAACGACUGAUUCGUUGACAUUUUCAUUUUAAAAAGGGAAAAAAUAAACCAAAGUUGCCGAAGAGGCGACAAGCAUCCGCCAGUGUCGCGUGUGGUUUGUGACGUAGUGUUAGUGUGUCUCAGCUGUUUAUGUUUAAAUGUACUUUAUUACAGUGGAGGUUUUGCCAUUCAACUUUUAUUAAAGAUGUACGAUCUGUUCAAGAGAAAAGCCAUAAAUAAAGAGUGCUGUGGCUCCGACCGCUCUGAUGUGUAAUUACAUUGAUGAAGUGCAUAAAUAAGCGUUUCCUUGUUCUCUCAAGUACUGGGAACCACCACCUUAGAGUCCUCAUCCGUCUCAACUCCCACCUCGUCCUGUGAGGGAAACAGGUUAAUGACUCGUUAGAACUGUGAUCAAAAAGACACUCACAAGUGAAACCCAAACAAGUAGCGGCAUGAAGAGAAGCUUUAGAAUGUAUUUAAGAGCAGGUUUCACGCACCAGGAACUGCUUCUUGCUCUUAGGAUAUCCUUCAAGGAUCGCAUCCAUCAUGUCUGAAGCCUGAGAGGAAAACAAAGUUUAAGAAUUUAGUGGCAACAGCGUUUCUUUGUAUCAUAACAAUGGAUGUCUUUUUACCACAAGUCUACAUAUCUACUUUCUCAUCUUUUAUCUCCUGCUUCCAACACUCGUACUGUUGAUACUGACAUCUUUAUUUAAUUAAUCUUAAAUAUUUAAAAUAAGGCAGUACCGGGAUACAGUUGCAAAAUACACAUAAGCUUUUUUGUGGCUCUCACUUAAAUGUAUUUACCACCAAAUAAACAUUUUAUUAUUUUUUACAUCAGUUUAUCCGUGGAGUGCUUUUAAAAAAAAAGUCAAAAAAAUGCUUUUCACAAUUUCUCAGAGACCAAAGUGAUGUCUUCAAUUAGCUUGUUUUGUCUAAUAGUCCAAAAACAAGAUAUUUAAUUUAUUGACAUAUCUAUGACAAAGAAAAACUGCAAAUCAUCUCAUUUGAGAAGCUGGAACCAGAAAGUCAUAUUUUCUUAAAAACAAUAGAUUAUAAAAAUAGUUAAUCUAUUAAUCAACUAAUCAUUGCAGCUCUGUAUACGUUACCAAUCUCUUCCUCUUUUUCCACUCUUUCACGUAAACAUCCCGGUCUUUGUAAACCUGUAAAUUAAAAUAUGAGUAUAUUGUUUAUUAUGACCAUACUGUACAGCAAACAUAAAAAACAGUAUCUUCACUAGGUUUCUAAGAUGUUUUGCUGUAAUUAAAAAGCGUAAAUGCCUCCCGGACCUUCUCUUUCUCCUCCGGUGUGACGUGAUUUGUGGCCGACUUUAUCUUCUCCAGACGCGCUCUGUAACCGGAACACUCUGCUUUCAGCUCCCGGAUCUCUGACAUCAUUUCCUCUGUUGUCAGGGAGCUGCUGAGCUCCUUCAGCUCUGUCAGUGGACAAGUCACGUAAAUGUACACAGCAUCCUCUUAACAAUGCAGUACAGCAAAAACACAGUAGUAGUGUAGGAUUUAAGAAGAUCUAUUGGCAGAAAUUUCAAUGUCAUAUACCGUAU